AGCUCGCCCUGUUCUUCAUCGCUCAGACGCGUUACGGCCAUGAAUUCUUGGGUUAAGGGCAAGAGUUGCUUAGCAGCAGGCUUGCUGCAGCACCAGGUGGCCAUCGUCACCGGCGGGGGCACGGGCAUCGGGAAGGCCAUCGUGAACGAGCUCCUACAUCUGGGAUGUAAUGUGGUCAUUGCGUCCCGUAAGUUUGAUAGGUUAAAAUCUGCUGCAGAUGAACUGAAUGCCAAUCUGCCUCCUACCAUCCAGGCUCAAGUUACUCCCAUAAAAUGUAACAUCCGUAAUGAAGAGGAGGUGAAUAAUUUGGUCAAAUCCACCUUAGGUAUUUAUGGUAAGAUCAAUUUCUUAGUAAACAACGGAGGAGGCCAGUUCUUCUCUCCUGCAGAAAAAAUCAGUGCAAAGGGAUGGAAUGCUGUGAUUGAAACCAACCUGACGGGCACCUUCUACAUGUGCAAAGCAGUUUACAACUCCUGGAUGAAAGAACAUGGAGGAUCUAUUGUCAAUAUCACAGUACUUACUAAAAAUGGAUUUCCAGGAGCUGUGCAUAGCGGAGCUGCCAGAGAAGGUGUUUACAACCUCACCAAGUCCUUAGCUGUGGAAUGGGCCAGCAGUGGAGUAAGGAUCAAUAGUGUUGCCCCUGGAAUCAUUUGUUCCGAGACUGCAUUUAGCAACUAUGAUUAUUUGACAAAAGACCUGCUUAACAAGUACAUUGACAAGGUCCCAGCUAAAAGAUUUGGAGUUCCUGAGGAGAUCUCCUCCCUGGUAUGCUUCCUGCUGUCUCCUGCUGCUUCCUUUGUCACUGGACAGUUGGUAUUUGUGGAUGGGGGCCAGUCUCUGUACUCACAGUUAUUUGAGGUACCAGAUCAUGACAACUGGCCCGAGGGAACAGGGGACCUUUCUCUUGUCAAAAGCAUAAAAGAGUCUUCUAACCAUAAAGCCAAGCUGUAAGCUAAGGAAACAUGGAAGUGUCCUUUGUCCCCAAGUGCCUUAACAUCUCGACAAUACACUUCUGUACUUUACAGGAACUUAUAAUCUGUAUGGGAAACUCACAUUCUGAUUUUUUAAUGUUAAUCAAUUACAUCUAUGCAAAAGUUAUUCCUGAUAUAAAUACAUCUUUAAGUGCCAACCAAUGUUCUUUAAUUCAUGAUAAAAAAAAAAUUUAAGGAGUGGAAAUUAACGUAAUUUGUGAUUAUACUUUUAAUUCUAAGAAAGGUCUUUGAAAAGUGAAAUAGUUUCAGGUUAAUGAUAGUGGUAUUAUGAUCUCCCAGAAGGUUCUAAUAUUUCAUUGUAAAUAUUACAAUAAAUCUAAAUUGUGGCAUCAUUAUGAUUUUUGCAACAAUGACUCAUUUUUGAUGGCAAAUACUUUUGGAUCAAUAAAGCUUUAUAUAAUUAUUGAUAUGUGGUUUGUUCAUGAAGUCAUAUUUGUACAAACCCUCUUAAUAAAAAAGAAAAAUGAA